AUGGAAUACAACGCCAUUUACCUUGCGCUGGCCGCGCUGGCCGUUCUCGCCACCCGACAGAAUCUAGCAGCCCAGUCACGCAGAAGACGCAGACUUCACCAACACUCCAACGAGCGCGUCCUCAUCCUUGGCGCUUCCAGUGGCGUCGGUCGCGCUGUUGCCAAGCAGUAUGCUUCUCGUGGAGCACAAGUCUGUGUGGUGGCACGUCGAGUUGAAGAGAUCGCUGCUCUUGCCGAAGAUUGCGGAGAGAGAUGUAUUUGGCACGCCGCAGAUUUCAGUGACGUCGACGAUUUGAUCAGUCUAAGGGCUCGUCUCGAAGAGGAAUGGCGGGGUUUGGACACGUUACACAUCUGCGCUGGCGUCUCUGCUCUGCAGCCCAUUAUGGCUCUCACUGGGACCAAAUCUGACGACGUUAAUGCAGACGCAGCAGGGAUUCGAACUGCUGUCGACAUUGCAGGACGGGCCUUGAAGGGUAACUUCUAUGGACCGUUUGCUUCAGCUCUUUCAUUUAUUCCCAUGUUGACAAGAACCUCCGAGUCACCAUCAAUUCUUCUGGUCUCUUCAGUAGCUGCGGUGAUCCCUGCACCAACGAGAGCGCUCUAUGCAGCGACCAAAGCCUCUUCGCUCUUGAUGUUCCAGUCUUUGGCAAUAGAGCACCCGAAAAUUGCGUUCGCCUUCAUCCUGCCCGCAACUAUCGAGGGCAAUUUCCGGGCAUCUGCGGUAGAUUCUGGCCCUGUCAGAGAAGAUGACCCAAAUAAGCACGGGUUAAAGAUCGAUUACGUUGCUGCCAAAUGUAUUGAUACAGUUGAUCGUGGUAUCACUGGAAACGUCAUAUUGCCCAAGUUUCCAUACGCUGUUGCACAGUAUCUGUAUCUUCUCUGGCCAUCUUUCGUCGAGGCUCGUGCCCGCAAGAAGUACAACUUUAUGCCAUAA